AUGGAAAUUAUAGGGUAUGGAGGUCUAUUUAUCUCCAUGGGUGUAACAAUAGGACAAUUUUUAAAGAAUUAUGGAAUACUAAACUUAAAAUACAAACGAUUAGAACAAUUGUAAGUUUCUACUCCUUAAUAGCUAGUUGAUGAAAUAGAGAAGGAGUUAUAGCAGAACUUAGUUGCUAGCAACUUAAGUUUUAUUAGAAAAAAUUAAGUCUUUAUUGAAGGAGUUAUAUCCUCUAAUCAUCUUGUUAAGUCGAUUCUCGUAUAAGGCUUAGAGGUUUUGUAUUCGCUUUUUUAUCAAAAAGAGUUAUUCACAAGGAGAGAAUACUCAAAGAAUGCUUUCUUUCCUUUGCUGCUUCCUGAAAGUGAAAAAAAGUUUGUUAAAAUAGCAUCAAAUUUGUUUUUAAAGGACUACGAAAGUCCACAAGUAUGUGAUAUAUAAAAAAAACCUAAUACUAAUAUUUAAGCUGCACUUGUAUUACUUCAGAUGAAAGCAAACUUUGUUAAAAGAGGAAUUUUUUCAAAUAUUAUGCACUCUAUAAUAGAUUUUACAAAGCUACUUUUGACCAUUACAUAUUUAAAAUUUAAUUAUCUCAGAAAAAAAGGAACACAUGAAGGAACUUUAGAUGUAGAGAUGGGAUUAAAAAAUAACAGUCUUGUUACUAUUUUUGGAGACAUAAUAUAUGAUGUUAGAAAUAAAAAGUUGGUUAUGGAGAAUCCUCUCUAUAUUUUAAAGGAUAAGGAAUAACUGUUAAAACUACUAUAAAAAAGAUUGAUGUAAAGAAGGAUAUUUAUUCUUAUUUUAUCUAUUCCUUUCUUAAUUGGAGGGUUCAUGUUUCUUAAAAAGCUGAUAGAAGUUGUGUAAAAAUACAUUUAGAUCAAAAGAGAUAAAUUAAUUACUCAUCUUAGAGAAAAAAUGGAUUUAAUUGCUUAGGAUAAAAAUAUAGGAGACAACUAAAAGUGUAACAUAUGUUAUUCAAAUUUAAGAAAUAUAAUUCUAAAGCCUUGCUUACAUAUGUGUCUUUGCUACAGUUGCCUGAAAAGAAUAAAGAAAUAGGAGUGCCCAAUUUGCAAAGCAGAGAUCAUAAGUUACAUAGAGUUAUUCCUUAAAUGA